UUAUUAGAAAAUGCUUAUGAUGCCCUAAUCUCAGGAAUUGAUCUUUAGUUAUUGGCCUUAAUUGGAUUAAACUGUGGCUGUCAGGGUUGGCGCGUUUUAAACGGUGUGUUUUAAAACAUGUUUUAAAACGCGUUUUAAAACACCCGUUUUUUUUACAAAAAAAACGUGUUUUAAAACACCGCAUAGACUUGUGUGUUAUAAAUUUGCAUGGAUGUGAUUUUAGAUGAAUGUUGUUUUUUUAAUACCAUUUUUUAUUAAGAGGUGUAUUAUUUCCUUCCAACUAAAACUCUUUUUCAACACCACUCCUUUUCUCCUCUUUCUUUCUUUCUUUCUUUCUUUCUUUCUCCAUUGCUUUGUCUUGUUCCUUUUCUCCCUGUUCAAUUGUGCACAUCAAUGAUCCAAUCCACAUUAAGAAUAUUAUCAUUUUAACAAACAUCUGAGUGUUGUGCUCACUUUUUGGACAGGGAAAGAAACACUUUUUUCAAAUGAGCUCAAAUACAUGUUAAAGAAGUACUUGAAUGAAAUGGAAGUGGUGCACAAGCACAAUAAUAUUUUGCAAAUAGACUGUAAACCUGACAUCAUACUCUUGAGGCACACCGUACACACAAAAGCGGUAAAACUUUGUGCUUUGUAAAGAUGAAGAAAAGUACUUUAAAUAGUGUAAGAAAAUCAGCUAGCAAACCUUAACCCUAACAAUUUCAGGGGACCUUAAUGGCCCCCUAAAACUUUCUAUGAUAAAUCCAUAAACAUGACAGGGCCACGACAUAUCGUUCUAGACUAUUUUUGGGAUGCAUGCAUUGGUGUGCAGUUAUGAUAUACACCACAAGUGCAUAUUAUCAGAUCCCGAAUUGCUCAAAAACGUGAUUUCAUGUAUAAACCCAAUGUGAGUUCUUGCCAAAAUUUGUAUCUGUAUCAUUAUUUGUACUUAUUGUUAAUGAUUGGAAAAUUAUUGCCAAAAUUUAUAUUAGUAAUAAAAAAAAGUUUUAAAAAUCUAUACAUAAAAAAGUUAAAAAAACAUUACCGGUAAACCUAAAUAGACUGGGCUAUUUCAUUUCAUAAGAAGACUGAAGGCCCCCCUCCCCCUUAUGAUCUGGGCCCUUCGAUCGCGGGAUCACAACGAAAAUUGGUACGCGUAUUACCCAUGGCAUAAUCUAAAAAUAGGAAAUAGGGAAUAUAUUUUUACCAUAAACAAGGUGAAAUUAAUUGUUUUAAUCGGUAAAAUAAUGACACAUUUAUGAAUUUUGGCUAAAAACAGUAUUUGCAUUGGAUUUGGGCAAUUUUGAGUCUGCAUGAACUUACAAAAUGUUGCAUGAUUUCGGAAUCGCAUACCAGGGGGUCACGAUUUUGGUCUCAUAAGUUGCGUUAGACUAAAAAAAGGAAAGUCUGUGAGUGACGCAAUAAAAAAAAUUUGCGCAGUGGAUUUAUCGCGAAAAAUUACGAGGGAGGGCUGAAGCAGCCCCCAAAGUCUCAUUAGGGUUAAAAAAAACAUUCUAUAGGCCUACUGAUUUUUUAAAAUCCUUUUGCAUUAGAUCAGAAUUCCUGAAUUAAAAAAGUACUUCAAGGGCUUCAUUUAUACAUUUGAAUUGAGUUUGUAUUUCAUGCACUAAAAUUGGUAUAAGUGAUUCAAAUGAAAUAAAACAUAUAUUGAUUUACCGGUAAUGAAAUUAAGCUUUGAAAACCCAUGUACGUCAAUUUCUUCCAUUGUGUGAAUUCUUCUCCUCCCCCCCCCCCCCCCCCCCCCCGAUUGACAAGACUCAAUAUACCUUGGGACUACAUGUAUACAUGUAUUAGGAAUAAAGUGUCAACUUACUAAGUGUUCUUUUUUUGUAGGCAUUCAAUUUCCAUGAUUUAGUAAUUUUUGGGGAAAUAUGAACUCUUCUGUUGGAAAUUCAUUAACAAAAUAGUGGUCAUCUCUUAUUUAAAACAUCAAGAGCUUAAAUCAUACUCUAUUUAGUGUCAGUAGUGUAUAGUUUCAUUGAUUUACAGAAAAUUGCAUCAUUCGUUGAAAAAAAACGUUUUAAAACGAUUUAAAACGUUUUAAAACAAUAAAAAACGUUUUAUUUGUUUUUUUUAAUAAAAAACGUUUUUUAUUACAACCCUGGUGGCUGUGCCUUUGCUUGGAGUUGGAGUUGGAGUUGGAAACUUGGUCUGGACUCUUGCCUGGAGUGUGGCUGAGCUGGGCCUGGCUAAGUUGAUGAGGCUGAGGUGUGGUGCAUGCUGUGCCACACUCCUGUGCUGUGACUGUGGCAUGAUUGAUUGGACCAUUGGCAUUGGCCGAAUCCGCAAGCAAGACUUCAUGAAAAGUUCAUAAUUCAUUCACUUCAGUCCAGAGGAAGGAAGUUCAGAAUCAUUGCAAGUUACUGCCUGGAUCACAUGUCAUGCAUAUAUUUGAAUUAGCCAGAAGUGGCUACCGGCCAGCUUCCAGGAGUUGAUCUGAAAAGACGAGCAGCACAGCAGAAAAAACUGGAAUCCCGAAUUCGCAAUUCAAUUCACCUCAUGGAAUUUGACAAAGUUACAUAGUUACACUGAAGGUACAGUCUCGAACAGGGCAGUCACCUCUUAUUUCUAGACUUACCUUCAACCCAUUUUCAGUCAAACUUCAGCUUUUUGAGCCACUGGCCAAAACUUAAAGAGCAAACCGAACAAUGGAUGCCACAUAUUUUGAUUUCAGCAAUAUGGAUCUGGAUGUGUUUCAUUAUGAAAAUGAUCUAGCAAUAUCGGGAUACCCGCCUUCUCCAGAAGACAGUCCCCUCUUUGAGUCUCCUGACACUCAUAAUUUCUUUGAUGAAGAUGAAGCAGCAGUGAUGGGGCUGAAGUUAAGUUAUCAGUCGUGCGGGAGCCCAGCAUCAGCUAACUCAUCCACAUCUGAUGAUAUGCCUGUGACCCCUCUCUCCAGUGGUGCAGAGGCAGAGUCGUAUUGCCAGAUGGAGAAAGAGCUGGAAACUGGACAGACGGCAUUCAACAACACCAGCCACAUGUAUUUAGAGCUGCUUCAUCAACUUGAGCAGAGUGAAAGCAGAGGUAUGCUGGAAAGAGAAACAUCCGUGCAGAGAAAGCAGACCAGCACUUGUGGUGCAGCAGUGAAUCAAGCAGAUGUCAUCCAAACCAGCAAGUCAUCUCCAAGGCCAGCAGAUGAAGAGCAAAGUCCUACCUGCCAGAAAGGCGCUCUCAAUGCUCCGCCACUCCCUGUGAAAUCAACAUCUCAACCAAGUCCUAGAGCAGCUGUUUUGGAAGCUGCUGCAAGUACUUCAUCGAAAGUCAGGCAGGAUACAAACAUUUUCUCAGUAGCUAAAAUUAAUGUUACUAAAGUUGGUGUCAAAAGAAAAGCUGCCCAGGGCAAGGUGGAAGCGAAAAGGGCCAAGAAAGGUGGUGAGGAUUCCACUCCUAUUAGUCGAAAUGAGAAAAAUGCAAUUGCUGCAAGAGAAAAUAGACUAAAAAAGAAAGAGGAGUUUGAGGAACUAAAGAGGAACGAAACUUUAUUGCAAGAGGAAAAUGAAUCUCUUCGUAAGGAAAAUUCAGAUUAUGUACAGAAAAUCAAAGGGUUAGAGCAAGAAGUGGAGUACUAUAAGAGUGUGCUUUGUAAUCAAAGUGCUCUAGCUACAAUCCUCGACAAAAUAAAUCCCCAAUCAAAGUUGAAGCUGAGCUCAUCAGUUGGUGUGUCUGAUCAAGAAGAAACAGUUGGGGUUAAGAAGGUCAUGAGUGGUGGCGUAUGUUUACAUCUGAAUGGUACUGAUACAUCCCUUGAAUGGUGUUCAAAAUGUUCCAUGAAUGCACAAAAAUCUUUUCAAUCUUGAAAUUAAGAUGUGAUAAUGAACCAGGGUGAUGGUGUACAUUUGUAGUAUUUGAAAAGAAGGUUACUGACAGUUAACAUCAAUUGUUUUGUGAACUUGUAUAUGAUGUAAAUGUGCAUUAAAAGUUGUAAAAAGAAAAAGUACAAGAUUGGUGAAGAUGUAAGUGCAUGAUGAAUUUUAAAGCUCAUCAAAAUGGAAAUGAAUUGAUGAUGUAUGCUCUCAAGGAAUGCCUUGCCCCACGUACAACAUUCAACAUUCUAUUGUACAGUGUAAAUCAGAUAUAACUUCAUGUACUACUGAAGAUGACUCAAAUGAGUAAACAGUGAACUGACAACUCUACAUGUCUGCCUUGUCACGUGCUAAACAUGUUUCAAAUUUCUGAGAAUGAAUCAUUUGGCAUACAGUGUUAAGUGGAGCAGAAGGUCUACCUGCCUACAUCAUCAUUCAUAAUGCAUGCACUCGAGGUAAAUUGAUAAUUUUAUCCAGUGAUAGGAAGUUAUUGUGACGAGGAGAGAGAUUUCGGGUCUGUAACACAAAACUAGGAAUCAAUUGCAAAACAUGAUUUGGCUUGGGGGCUAUUUUACAAAGCUGUUAAUCAUGCACAACUGGAAUACCCCGAAGGCCAAAACUGUAGUUCUUGGCAAAUCUUGAUGUGAAAAGUACCUUACUCUCAAAUAUAGUUGUUAACAAGUAGUAUGAUGCAUGUACAUUGUUUUUUAUUGGAAUACAAAUUAGUAAUUUGAAAUUACUGAGAACCUUCUUAAGCAUAAGAAAGAGUCACAAAGACAUUGAUAGAUUUGUUUUUUAAAUUUUAUAAUCUAUGAACAGUUUCAUGAAAUGAACCCCCCCCCCCCCAAAAAAAAAAAAAAAGAAUCAUAAGUAUUGUUUCAAUUUUGCAAUUGAGCACUAGUCUAUGUGUCACAGUGCCCAGAUGGUACAUGUAUACUUGACACAGUUAAUCAUAAAUAACAAUGUAUAGUUUUAUGUUUCAUUGUGUAAAAUGCGAAGUUUAAAGGUACUAUCAAAUGCUUGACAUGCUGGAAAAGUUUUUCGGGAUUAAAUUUCCUCUAAAUUGCUAUGUACAGGAAAUCAUGAGGCUCACUUACAAAUACAGAAUUUGUAGGAAGUUCUUUUUUUACUUGACCAGCUCUUCCGUCUUAUAGAGCAUAUCAAUCCUUCUUAAACAAACAUGAAACAUGAAGUAUGAUACUGUAUCCGAUUUGGAGUAAGAUUCAUGUUAUUCAUAGAAGUUCUAUGGAGCAUCUUCUAGCACUUUCUAGUACCUUUAAAAAAUGUUAAGGCUGUGUCUGUGUAUAUUGUAAACUGGAAGGAAAGUAUCUUUUAAAUCUGAUGCAUGCAUAAUGGAACACUUGCUGAAACAGCACUGCACUCUGGUAAAAUGUUGAUAAUAAUAUUCAUGUGCAUAUAGUAGCUGUUCCAGUUAGUGUACCUCUAGAUAUAAACAGAAACUGACACUCUUGUAUUACUUUGUUAUUUCCAGAUUGUUUUAGCAGAGCUGAUUGAGAGCAGCAGUAUGGUGCAGACAAGUUUCAUUUAAUUGCUAGGAAAAAGCUCAUGCUGUGUAAUCAAACUGCAUCCAAGAUUUCACCCAAGAGUUGUCGGUUUCAUCAUGUUUAAAUCUACUUUUGACAAAGAAAUUUGCUUCUAAAAAUCAUGAUUCCAAAAGUUGAAAUUUAUCAAUCCUUAAUUCAUCAAUUAUUACUACUACUUAUUUGUUUCCUGUAGAGUAAAUAUAAAUUUUGGAGGAUUAUGACUGUGUUGCAAACACAAUCUUUUUAGUAAUUUUGAUUUUUUUUCAAGAAUGACUAAAUAAUUGUGAAUUUUACAUUGAUUUUUGGAGCAAGUUUCUCUUUCAAACUGUAUGCACAAAAUGCAUGGCAUAAAAUAUAUCACAAACUCUGUUGUGAUACAUGUGGGUCAUGGUGAUGCAUUUCAUUUGAAAUGUCUUCCAGUUCCAGUUCACAUUUGAGGAAAAACCUCAUUUUUUUUUUGGGGGGGGGGGAUGGGAUGAUCUACCAAAGUGCAUGAACAUUCAAAAUAUUUUCUGCCAUGCAUUCAAUAUCAGUUGGCUAAUGACAUGACAAUCUGGGAAGUUUGUUUCAUUUUAUAGUCCUAUUAUUGACAUUUACAAAUCAAACUUAAAAUUUGCAAUGAGGAUUGGGAUUUAACUUCUUGUAAGCACUUCUUACAUCUACCUCCCCUCCCCCCUUUUUUUUUGGGGGGGGGGUCCAAGAAGUACAUGUCAUUUUGACAUUGUCAAUUCUACCAUAACCCCCGGGGGGGCCAGUUCCAUUCACGAGUGGAUACCAUGCGCGACCAUGGGGUCUCGAAAAGCACCCUAAACACGUAAUUUCCAUAUUCUGAAAAUGCACCCCUUAACAUGUAUUGGCGUGUGAAACCCUACCCUUAACAAGUAUUGGAAACAAAACGAUACUCUUGGCAAAUAUUCCCUGAAAUGAACCCCUAAACAAGUACAGGAAUGUUUUAUUGUUACGGGUCCUUCGGUCGUCGGCUUUACCUAAUUUGGUUUAGUACGACCCCAUCUUCUACACCUCGCGCAAAUUGGACUCUAAACACGAAGUGUUGGGGCAAAAAGGACAUCCUUUAUAAAACAUUUUAAUUUUGUUUUAUCAUCCCCGCAAAUUCGACCCUAAACACGUAAUUGUCCUAGCGAAAUAGAUACCCUUUUUUCAUUAUUUUUGUGUUUUUGACACCCUUAUCACGUUACGUACGUAACGUGCCCUAUCGUGAAAAAGACAUCCUUUUUACGUGUUUUUUUGGUCGCGCAUGGUAUCCACUCGUCAAUGUAAGUGGCCCCCCCGGGCCAUAACCCUUGAAUACAUGAUUAGAAAAAGGGAAUAUUAUAAACUGAUGAUUGUCAUGUCAUUACAAAACUCUUGUAACACAAUGGUUCAGAGCUGUUCUAAAAGAAAAAAUAUGAAUGUAUUUGUAUAAUACAGAAUCGCCAGUACUAAAAUUGGAUUUAUCCCACAGUAUACAUGUACGCAAUUUGAUUGAGGGGAUUAUUUUUGUUAAAGAGCAGCUGUGAAGUUUUGUGAAUGAUUAAUAAUAUGUAAACUUUCCUUUCCAGUGUUCAGAAAAUUUCUGACGUGAAGAGAAAUGUACAAGAAGAAAAAGCACAAAAUAUGUGUAAAAGGAGAAAAUUGUAUUAAAAAAAAAAGAAGAAAAUGUAAAGAAAAAAAAUUCUUAUAUUUCAGAUAAAAUCUGUAUAUGAAAGACAAUAACUUAUUUUUAAUAAACCAAAAAAGUUUAAAAGAUA